GCUUUGUAAACAUCAACAUAGUAUCUGUGGUCCUGUUUGUUGAUAUUGCUUCAUGCUUCUUGGUUACUCUGUACAAACGUAUGUUCUUCUGGUUCGUUGAGCUUUUGGUUGUCCUUUUUGGCAUAGGCAGUAUAGGGGCUUGUAAACUUGAUUGGUUGCUUUAUUAUCGAGCAUUUGCUGUUGUUUGGGCAACUUACCAAGAUGUCUCAUUUGUCUGGGUCGGUCAAUAUAUACUUGGAAUUGCACUGAUACUCAUUGUUCCUUAACUUGUACAUGUAACCAAUCCCAAGGUGCGUGUCAAUCUAGUGACAUGGUGGGGCAUACUGGUGAUAUUUAUGCUACAGUUGUGGCUUGCAAGGCUACUAAUGAGGCUGUCAAGAUGAUUCUUGAUGUAAUAAAGCAAGAGAGAGGAAUUUAUGUUGAAACUGCAUAAUCAUAUCUUGAAAAGUCAGUUACAAAGGCUGUGAUUGUUAUUAAUAACGAGAUGAAUCCAAACACCGCGUUGCAUGCACUGAGUUACUUUCAAUAGAGGCUGGAACCAAAUAAUGGCCUUUUGCUGGGAAUGAUUUCUAUGGGGAAGCUACUGCUGGUGAGCUUGUUAAAUUUGGCAGAGAUUGCAGAUGGACCUUCACUAUUUCACUCCCAAAAGGACUUUCCUUUCUUGACGGUUUCAUGCAUAAGAUCUGAUGGAAAUAGAAGACGCGGACCUCCUUGGAGAAGUUCUGCCUCGAGAAGAAUAAAUGAGGGUGAAAAUGAGACACCUCAGUCAUCAUCCAAUGGUAAAAAGUCCAACGCAUCUGACCAGGAAGAGAUUAUUGCUCUGUUCCGACGAAUCCAGUCUUCAAUCUCAAAGGGAGAGUCUGUAAGUCCUAAGAAGACAAAUUCCAAUGAGUCUAAGGAUAAGCCAUCGCCUGACUUAAUUCUAGAGGCUCUUCGCAAAUCAAGGAAACAAAUUAAAGGUGAUGCGGCAGACAAGCCUUCUAACAAAGAAGGUAAGAAGGUGUUGACAGGAAGAAGAGGUGUGCCUCAGAAAGAGGAGGUAGUAGAGAACAGUCCACCAGUAGCAGGCUUAAAGUCAACUCGACCACCAUCUAAGUUUGUGAAGAGAUCCCCAAUACCAUCUCGACCACCAUCUAAAUUCGUGAAGAGAUCCCCCAUACCAUCUCCAUCAACCUCAAGAGGAAGGACACUUGAGUUGAAUAAUGAAGUGUCACAGGCUAGAGCUGGAAGCAAUGAGUUAAAGUUUCGGAGAAUAGAGGAAAUGAAACUAACAGAACUUAAAGAACUUGCAAAGUCUAGAGGGAUUAAGGGUUACUCAAAACUGAAGAAGAGCGAGCUUCUAGAAUUACUAAGGUCCUAAAACAAUGCGAAGUCUCCCUGAGAUUGGAGGACAUAGAAAGCUGGAGUUUAAAGUUAUUAAAGGACUGACAAAAGAAGGUGAACUGAAAAUAUUUCUUGCUAUACAUUGAAGGUCCACCAUUUUGUUGUUAGUGUCUCGUUUUCAUCUUCCCUAGUUGUUUGGUUUAACUGAGUUCAACGGCUCUCGUUUUCAUGAGGUGCAAAAUUAGCUACAUGAAUAGUCUGGUUGUAAAUUUGUAAUGAACCCUCCGUCCUGCAGUUAGACAGCACGAGCUGUUCUUUUUCC